AUGACUGUGCAUCAAUACAGUGAACUGCCUGCACGGGCCGCCCAGGCAAUAGAGAAUUUCCUUCCGCCGGAAGACAAGAUUGAACAGCGCGCACGCCAAUUCGCUUCGGUGAAACCCCGACGUGCCGACGUGGAAGGCGACACUGAACAGCUUGACGGGGUCACAUUCACACAUCAUUUUGUCGAGGCGCCUGGGGAUCACGAGACGGUGCUAUUUCACUAUGUCGAGACGGGGCCGGCCUCGGGGGAGGUCGUGGUAUUCCUCCACGGCAUCCCGGACUCGUGGUUUCAAUGGCAUCAUCAAAUGGCGACUUUGUCUCGGGAUCAGGGAUAUCGAUGCGUCGCGCCCGAUUUGAAGGGCUAUGGGCAGUCGGACAAGAGACCGGGGGAUUAUCGCCACGAGGGGGCCGCGGAACAACUGUACGGCAUGUUGAAGCAGAUUGGCUUGCAGCGAUUCAACUUGGUCACCCAUGACCGAGGGACCGUGCAGGCCGACUACAUUGUUGCGCUUCACCCUGACAACAUCCUCCGGUACGGAAGAGGGGAGCAGCACCUCUACCAUUUCAACCCGGCCCUAGCACCGCAAGGCGAUUUGUUCAUGGACGCUCCAUAUACGGGCCUCAUGUCUGACCCAACGCGCUUCGUAUGCUUCGUCUACACCUGGAUCACGAAGAUCCCGAUUCCCGACGACGAAUUCUCGCGCGUCAUCCAGGAGUACUCGUAUCCGGGCGUCACCAAGGCCGUCCCACGGUAUUUCAACUCCUCCUCGUUCCGUGCCGAGUGGCUGGAUCGAAGGAAUAGAUUGCUGGCGAAAUGGAAGUGUCCCGUGAUGAUCAUCCAGGGCUACGACAGCAAGACGCAGCCCAGGGAGUUCUACGAGAAGGCCAGAGACUAUCUGCCUAAUGCGGCGGAUGUGGCGGUGGAGUAUAUGCCCGGGGGACAUUUCUGGACACUAGAAUGCCCCGAGGCGACGACUAAGAGCAUUCAAAAACUGCUCAGGAUGUAA